CUGCCAUUUGCAACAACACAGAUAAACCUUGAGCACAUUAUGCUAAGUGCGAUAAGUCAGAGAAAGACAAGUACUAUAUGAUUAUCACUAAUUUGUGGAAUCUAGAAAGUCAAACCUAUAAAAAAAAUAGCCAGUGAAAUGGUGAUUACCACCAGGGAAUAGGAUGUGUGAGGGGUAAGAUUCAUAAUGUUUAAGGGCACAAACUUGUAACAAGUAGUAAAUAAGCCAGAGAGAUAUAAAAAUAAAUAAAUAAAAAUAAAAGGGAAUUACUGAACAAAACAUAUUUGAACAAAAGAGCUUUCUUGUACUUUAAGUUUUUCCUGAGUUUUGUUUUGUUUUGUGUACCUAGAGAGGUUGGUAAUAUGGAAGGAAUAUAUAUUAAAAAAAAAAAAAGUCAUGUGGGAUUAGUUGAAAAUAAAGAACUACUGAAGAAGGGGAACCAGUUCUGGUAUUUUAUGAAUCUUCUAACCUAGAUAAGAAAAAGCCACCAGAGCAAAAAAUUUUAACAGCAUUCUUUUAUAAUCCAAAAUUUUAGUUACGAAUAUUAUCUAUCCACCCUCCAACCUGGGUAAUUUGAAAAAGUCACUUGGUUCUUCCAGUUUUUGAAAUAAGGAGUCUAAUUUUAGCUUCUCUUUAGUCCUCAAAAUUCCUUUUCUUCUCCUUGUUUCUUAGAUUUUUAUGCUGCACUGCCCCAUUCUGGCUAGAAGAGAAGUUAGCACUCAGCUCAGAUACUUCCCAGAUCUCAUCUUGCCUUUGGGGCAGGAAAGGUCUUGCAUGAGGAGCAUGUUGAACUCUUGAUGGAGGAGUUUGCAUUCCUGAAAAAAGAAGUGGUGGGAAAAGACCUGCUAAAAGGGUCUCUCCUCUUUACAGCUGGCCCAUUGGAAGAAGAGCGGUUUGGCUUCCCUGCGUUCAGUGGCAUUUCUCGCCUGACCUGGCUGGUCUCCCUCUUUGGGGAACUUUCUCUUAUAUCCGCCACUUUGGAAGAGCGAAAGGAAGAUCAACAUAUGAAAAUGACUGUGUGCUUAGAGACAGAGAACAAACGUCCGCUCACAUGGAUUGAAGAGAAAGGACCUGGUCUAAAACGAAACAGACAUUUAAGCUUCCAUUUUAAAUCUGGGUCCCUGGAGAAUAUGCCAAAUGUAGGAGUCAAUAAGAAUAUUUUCCUGAAAGAUCAAAACAUAUUUGUCCAGAAACUCUUGGGCCAGUUCUCUGAAAAGGAACUGGCUGCUGAAAAGAAACGCAUCCUGCACUGCCUGUGGCUUGCAGAAGAAAUCCAGAAAUACUGCUACUCAAAGAAGUAAGAGAAGGAAACAUGCGGCACAUCUAAGAUGGGGCCAUAGUUUGCUUUUUAUGAAGAGUUGACCUCUAUCUCUAUUCUUACAAUUAAACAUAUCUUGGGCAAACAGGAUUUGCUUACUGUCCCGAGCUGUGUUGGGAGUGAUAGUUGGGAGUUGGGACACAUUGUAAUAGGGAUGAGAGAACUAACCUUGGUAGAGCUGAGCCAAGUGCUUCGUAUGCCUGAUUUAAUUUACUCUUCCCAACAGCCCUAUCAGAUGGGUAUUACCAGGUUUGUUUUCAUUAGUGUACUGGAAAAUUUUAUUUGAAGUCACCCAGAUAGUAAAUACGAGAACCAGCCUUUAAAUCUUACUCAUGCACUGAACCACUGCAAAAUAGCCUCUUUCCUGCUUUAAGGAGUUAUGUUUCACCCAACAAACUGUCACUGGGUGAGUAUGCUAGGUGCUAAGGAUUCUAAACACGAGUAAGACCUAGCCGCUUUCCUCGCUAACCUUGUCGAAAGCAAACCAGUCAUACAAACUGGUCACUGUAAUGUAAUAGGUCCAGUAAAAGAGAUAUGCCUCUGGUCAUCUGGAGGAAGGUUUGGGGAAAACCUACAAACCAAAUCUUCAUAACUAGGUUAGUUGUGUACAGGUGAGAGGAGGGCUUUUCUUGGCAGAGUGCUGACAUGAGCAAAGAGAAGGAAGUGAGAAACAAGCUGGUGAGUACCCUGGGAACAGUGUUGCUAGAGCAUUGUGUCUGGAGGAGGGAGUCCCAGAGAUUAAAUCUGUGGGGUCCCUGUAAGCCAGAUCAAGGAGCUAGGGUCUUAUUUCUCAGGCACUGAAGGCUCUUAUUUAACAGGGGAGUGGCAUGGUCAGUUUUCUAGUUUAGAAAUGAAAACUUCCAGGAGGAAAUGAGACUUGAGACCAAGGAGGAGGCACCCCGUUAAGAGCCAACAAAUGUGUUCAUACUUGCAGCCCUUGGCUUAUCUAGACUCAACUGCUUCUGUUGAGACACAGCUGACUUGAGGCAGAGCUGAUUCCCAGGAAUCUUCCCUUUCAUUUCAUUGGUUGUCCUGUUGCAUUUUCUUUGAAGCUUGUGUUAGAUUUCUUGCCUUUGUGAAUGUCUCCCUCUUGCUUUUUGCCUACUACCUUCCCAUUGUGAGGUUUAGGAGCUGGGAGGUCAUUGGUGUCAGCACUCUAUUUUCUACCUCGAUUUCCAUGAAUCUGUCACCAUAUACCUCAAGGUAGAAACCAAAACUCCUUAAGGUUGUUCUUUUAUUUGCCAUGUAAAGCAGUUUAAUAAAUAUUGGUCAGUUA